UAGACUUCUGUCUUCCCGCUGCCUCGCUUCUGGCUCACCGAGCGCCAUCACCGGCGUCUGCGCUGCGUCGAUCCUCGCGGCGUGGGCCGUGGACACCCCGGCCCGAUGCUGCGCUGGCUGAUCGGGGGAGGCCGCGAGCCGCAGGGCCUGGCCGAGAAAGCUGCUUUGCAGACGAUAGGAGAAGAUCAAAGUCAGAACCCCUACACUGAGCUGCUGGUCCUGAGCGCGCACCGGGACAUUGUCCGGUUCCUGGUGCAGCUGGAUGACAACAGAUUUGCAUCUGCUGGCGAUGAUGGCAUUAUAGUUGUGUGGAAUGCCCAGACAGGAGAAAAGCUUCUGGAUCUCAGGGGACACACCCAGAAGAUAACGGCCAUCACCGCGUUUCCCCCGCUCGACUCUUGUGAGCAGGGCCACCAGCUCAUCCUGACAGCCUCUGCAGACAGGACCGUCGGUGUGUGGGACUGUGACACUGGCAGACAGAUCCAGAGCGUCUCCUGCUUCCAGUCCACCGUGAAGUGCUUAACUGUUCUCCAGGGACUGGACGUUUGGCUCUCGGGUGGUAAUGACUUAGGUGUGUGGAACCGAAAAUUAGAUCUGCUAUGUAAGACCAACCACCUUUCUGAUACAGGGAUCAGUGCUUUGGUUGAAAUCCCUAGGAACUGUGUUGUGGCAGCAGUUGGCAAAGAACUGAUAAUUUUUAGGUUAGUAGCACCUACAGAAGGCUUGCUGGAAUGGGAUAUCAUUGAAGUUAAACGUCUUCUUGAUCACCAGGAUAACAUUCUGUCACUGGUUAACAUCAACGAUACAAGUUUCGUCACCGGGUCCCACGUCGGGGAGCUGAUGAUCUGGGAUGCCCUUGACUGGACUCUGCAGGCCUGCGAGCGGAGCUUCUGGAACCCAUCGCCACAGCCAGAUGCCCAGCAGGAAAUAAAACUCUGCCAAAAGCAAAAUGACAUUUCUAUUAAUCAUUUCACAUGUGAUGAAGAGAAUAUAUUUGUUGCCGUUGGAAGGGGGCUAUAUGUGUAUAACCUACAACUGAAGCGUGUGAUUGCCUGCCAGAAAACUGCACAUGACUCCACCAUCCUCCACAUCGACAAACUUCCCAACAGGCAGUUAAUCUCAUGCUCAGAAGAUGGCAGUGUACGCAUUUGGGAGGUCCGAGAGAAACAGCAGCUGGCAGCUGAACCUGUCCCAACAGGGUUUUUUAAUAUGUGGGGCUUUGGAAGAGUGAGCAAACAAGCCAACCAGCCUGUUAAGAAGCAGCAAGAAAACGGCACCACGUGUUCCCUGGAGCUCAUGGGAGACUUGAUCGGCCACUCGUCCUCCGUGGAGAUGUUCCUAUACUUUGAAGAUCAUGGACUAGUGACAUGCUCUGCAGAUCAUCUCAUUAUUCUGUGGAAAAAUGGAGAGCGGGAAUCUGGACUCCGAAGUAUAAAGUUAUUUCAGAAGUUAGAAGAGGAUGGUGACCUACACCCCGCUGUCUAGUUGAAGGAUUGGACAGACACAUGAACCUUGACCAUCAAAUGAAGAGCAGAACUCUGAAAGCCGUAACACACUGAUCACUUAGAUUUGUAAAGUUCUGCUUGCCUAUGAAGCAAGUGUGCUCACCUAAGGACAUAGCACAGGUUUCUGCUGGACCUUGCUGCCAUGGCAUAGUGGGUGCCGUGUUUUGUUUUGUAAAGUGAUGGGGGAAAAGGGAACUGUGAAGCUGCCACAUUCUUUAGUUCUAUCUAUUUGGGGUUCCUUUAAAGACUGUUUAGGAAUUGUCAGGAUAGAUCUCUGUUCUGCUUCAUUCUCCUGCUCUCUAGUAGCUGUUCUCUAAAACUAAACUUGAAAAUUAGUCAAAAAAGAAUUAUUUUCUUUAAGCACAACACUUCUUUUAGGUACUAAUUUAAGUCACUGAAAAGAUCCCAUUGUCCCUACUAAAAUCCCUCUGAACUCCAGUCCACAGGGUACAUUUCUUUCUCGGUGUGAACCGGCCUGGACAGUUACUGACCAGAAUAGUACUCGAGUGUUUCUCUGGUGAGUCCAGGGUUAGGAAAGACACACUGCUUUUCUGAGGUCAGAAACCACAGCUGAAUUGCCCUAGCCAUCUGCUUUCCUUCGCGUUAACAUGAAAUGUUCAAGGACAGACCCACCGUUUGGGUCGUUGAAGAUCCACUAGGACUGGACCAUCUCUGUCGCCCUACCAGCCUAUGGAAAUAUUCUUAUUUUUGGCACUGAAACAUAAAAUGUCUUCUACACUGCA